CCUAACCAAAAAGUAUAAAUAACCCACAGUUCCCAAAAACAAUAAAAUAAGUAAAAUAGGAACAGCAAUCGCCCAUUUAGCCACAUAUUUACUCCCAGUGAUAAUCCCACACUAUUCAUCAAAAUCACUAACAAUUUAAUUUUCUAAAAUACUUUUAAACUUCUCAUAAUCACAAACAGUAUUCUAUUCUCCACAAAUAUUCUAAUAAAUUCCAUUAUACAUGAUCAUUACAAAAUAUUUAUGUGUAUUGGUAUCAUGUCUUAAUUCAAAAAUAAUAUUUGAAGCAAAUUUUGGAAAAUCAGUAUCACAGUUAUUUUAUUUUACUCCUUUUUCCUUAUAUAAAAUCAGACAUUCCCAAUUAGUAAAAUUAAGCCCUUAUUAGACCAUUUAUAAUGUAGAAUCAUGUGCACUUAGCAUAUACCAUUUUUUCCCGGAAAUUUUAUUAAUAUUAUUCUCGAAAUAAGCAAUUAAUUCUUAAAAAAAAGGAGUUACAGUAACACUUCUUUAUUAUUUAGUUUUAAAGAGCAACAAAUGGCUAACUGUAUUCAUUAAUAACUCCAAAUCUUAAUAAAACUAAGGGUUAUAAGCUGUAGUAUUUCUUCCAUUAAAUACAUCCGCAAUAAUAGUGUCCAUAACCUAAGCAGCAUAUUCAAUAUUAUUAGCAAAUUCUUUAGGUAUAUUAAAUUAUUUAUCAUUAGAUAAUUAUUCUAAUGUACUUUUGUAUAACUCAGUUACUUUCAACCAAUCGCUAUCGUUUCUAUUUGCAUUAAUCCAAUAUUUAGUAUUAGGACAUCCUUUAUCGAAUCCUCUUAAUUACUUGUUUUUAAAAUUAUCUAUUGUGUGUAUAGGAAAGACUUACUAACCUUAAGAUAAUGAAAAUUCUUCUUAAAUUUAAACCUAUUUAGGGAAAAAUGGAGGAUCCAAAAUAGACAAAUCAUUCAAAUUUUAAGGUAUUUUUGUUCCAUAAUUUAAAGGAUAUAAUCCAGAUAAUUAUGAAUUUACAGAAAUUAAAGUCCUAUUUACAUCAGUGGAAAAAAUAUACAUUAAAUUACCAUCAAAACGAUCUGGUAAAAAUUAUAAAUCUUCUAUAUAUUUCUUCCUUAAUGCUUAUCCUAGUUAAUAAUGCUAUCGCAUACCUUAGGAAGAUAAUUCAUCGUGUUAUUAAAUUUUUGAAUCGAAAUUAUCAAAUAUAGGAUAACGGGCGCCAUGACGAAAAACUUCAACUACUAGAUUUAAUUAAGAGGGAGGAGGUUAUUAGUU